UAACCCUAGCCCCUAAAUUCCGCCGCCGUCUAGAUUGAUCCGGCCUCAUUCCCCGAUUCUUUUUUUUUUUUUGACAAUUCCUCAUUCCCCGAUUCAAUCCCUCCCUCUACACUUGAAUCUGUCCACCUUUCCUCGUCCUCUUCCCCAAUCCCCAUGGCCGCCGUCGCCACGGUCUCCUCUUGCGUUCCGCCUACCCUUCCCGAGUGCGACGGUUACGACGCCGCCGUCCUCGUCGACAUGCGGUGCUACAUCGCAGACCUCCCCAACUCCACCACCGCCCGGGGCACCACGAGCAGCGGCCUGCCCAUCCAGGUGACUUUCCAUGCCGCCCGCCCGCCGCUCCUCUCCCACUUGUGCGUCCACUGCCCCGACCUGGUCCUCAAAUCGAAGCCCAGGGUUGUCGCCACGGACGCCGACCUCGUCCUCCUCCGCGUCCCCAUCGACCCCAAGGUCACCUCCGAUAUACGGUACUGGGACUACUUCCUGUACAAGCCACGCUCCCAUCGGCUGGACCUGCUCCCGAACCCGCACCCCCGGAGCUUCGACGACACCGCCACCGCCCUCCUCAGCCGCGAAGACGGCGGCUGGUAUGCCGUCGCCGCCCUCUCCAUCAGGUGCCCCGUGCACAAGCGCAACAGCGACGUGGUCGUCAAGUGGGAAUUCGACCUCCACCUGUACCGCUCCGACGACGUUUCCAAGGGGUGGAUCUCCAAGCGCAUGUCAGUGAAGGAGUUCGUGAGGGACACGCUUGUGCCGCUACCUGACGCAGUGGAUAGGCUGUACCACGAGACGGGGAAGACGAUCGUAUUGGGUGGUGAGCGCGGCACAGUCGCCUGGGUGGACCUGUGGCGUGGACUCUUCCUCUGCGACGUGCUAGAGGAGCCCCCGGUGCUACGCGACCUCCCACUGCCCGAGCCGACAAGGGGCAACUGGUCUCGCCUCCUCCAACAAUGGAUCCCCAACUGUCUCCGGGACAUUACCAUCAACCGACACAAAGACACUAUCAAGUACAUUGAGAUGGAAAUCUGGAAACCAAGAGUGGUGAAGACCAUGCCUAAUUCCUACUUGGAAUGGGCGCGCCAUAACAACAGCUGCUCCCAGGUCAUCAUCCCUGGUGGCUGGAAAGCCACAACAUGGACCAUGGCAAUACCGGUUGGUUCAUUUGCGGACUGGCGCCCAGACUGUGAGGUCGAAGUUAAAGAUGUCACUGUGGAUGCCAGCGACCCACAUCACUCUGACCUGCUGUCUAAGCUGACCAGCAGCAAUACCUUGCAGGAACUUGCAUACCCCACCAUAAGCAUGGAUGACGAUGUUGUCUACUUGCUUUCUAGGACUACACCUAGGAACAUGAGGAAACUAGAGUUGGUGGUUGCUAUUGAUUUGAGGAAGAAGAUCGUGCAAGGAGUAGCCGAGCUUGAUGUCCAGAAAGACUUCAUUUUUAUGCCGUCCUAUUGUACCAGUGAGAUUUGCAGAUUUUUGAGGAAGAGUACAUGCGCAAAAGAAGAACUUAAACAAACUGAGAACAAAGCUAUUAAAGCAACUGAAAAAGAAGAGGGUGAACCAACUGAGAUGCACGUGAAAGGACCAUCCAGCAGGAAGAAGUAUGUGAAGCGUCCUGUCAACCUGUUUGAUGCGUGAUGCUUCAGCAGGAAGAAGUAAAGUGUGUAUGGUGUCCUGUCAACCUGUUAGAUGCGGACCGGUGAUGCUUCAUGCAGAUACUAGGAUUGGGGAGCUUGGUGAAUCGAUUUAUGAGAAUUAUGCCAAAAAUAAUUAUCUGUAUUGUACUGCAGGCCUGGCUACUCGAUUUCUGUACUAGAACUUGCGUAGGCUCAUGUCACUAGAGCUGAAGCAUUCUAUCUAUCGUUUGGAACCUUGUCAGAUGGUGAUAAUCUGGGCAGGAAUCUGCAUUUGGUUUUAUUGCUUUGAACAUUGUUUUUCUGUGUUUUGGUUUGAUUCAAUAAUUUAUUGUAUUCGUUGUAAUAUACUAAAACCAGGCACGGCUACUUAUUCUAAUCAAUCAAUGAUGCUCUGUAUUCUUUUGCGGAGUUUCAUUUAAUUA